UUCAGAGUUUCCAAUAUUCAGUAUAGUGCUCAAGCGGAAACGAAGGAAUCAGAAGAUGUGACAAUAAACAGCUGUACUUCCUUUCUUAAGGAAAUAUACUUGCAUGAUCGAUCAAUCAUAGCGAGAUAUUGUACGAGGCACACCAAUCACGAUGUCAGCGCGGCUAAACUUCCCCUUUCAAAUGCUGACAAAACCAUCAUUGCGAGCUAUCUGCGGAAGGGCCUCAAUGUAAAGGCUACUGCAAACAUGAUACCGCGAGUCUACACCGAUCCGAGAACCAAGCUUCAUUGGAUUGUCACUAGUGAAAUCGAGCAGGUGCUGUCAAGUCUCAAAUCGGACCAGCGCAAAGUCAAGGAGGCGGUAGAUCUCUGUGAGAAAGAAAAAGGAAGUAUCAAAAUGGAGGUUUCUGGUCCUGAACUGGUCGACGGGAAUCAUGAAACUGAAGCAAUCUCCGCCUCAGAUCUGCUCCAGGCGCCAUCCGAUAGCGAAGAUGAUACAAACUGUGGUGUUGUCAGCGAAGAAAAAAUCGAGGAGCAGUCUCCGAAACCUGGCAGUUUGGCUGAAUCACCGCUUGGUUGCACGUCUUGUACAAUAUUGCACGAAAGGAUUGCUGAGCUUGAGGCUAUAGCGAAAAGAUUGAACGAUAGAGUAAUGAAGCUAGAGGGAGGUCAGCUUUUUGAUGCCUUGGUGAAAGCGGAAGAAACAACUUCUCAAGAAUUCAGUAAAGCAGUGAAGCAGGAGAGAAUCUGA